AUGGCAUGGCACCCUACGUCUCGGCCAGCGGCGUGGACGUGCCCAGUGCAGAUCCCCACCGAAGCACGCUUCAACGAGAUAGGCGUCCAGCAACUGAGCAGCCAUGUCCAGGCCCAGAUAUUCCCGGGCGCCUCGACCUCACCUCCCCCCGAGCUCGUUGCUCUAUCAAAGGACCACCUGAGCCGCCAUGACUUGCUUGGGAAGAACCAAGACUCGACGCCCCCCGUGGGCUUGGAUCUUCCUGAACUGCAAGGCUCUUCCCUCGAUGAACACUUCUACAAGCUUGGGAUGGAUGCUGCGGAGCCCUUCUUAGGCCUUGCAAAAAAGUAUGCUUGGGCAAACUCGCCCCCCAAGCCGCGAAAAUGGAUCAAGAGAAGUGGAUGGACAAAGUACUGCAGCGACGGCACCACAGAAGCAGUAGACACACCGAACGAGAGCAUGCUCACUUUUGACACUGAAGUCAUGUACAAGGAGACCUCAUUUGCGUGUAUGGCUUGCGCCGCAAGUCCCACCGCCUGGUAUGCCUGGAUAUCGCCCUGGCUUCUUGGAGAGACGGAAGAUGAUCGCCAUCUGAUUCCUUUGGGUGACCCUACACAGCCACGGAUCAUUGUCGGACACAACAUUGGAUACGAUAGGGCGAGGAUAGCGGAGGAGUAUGACAUCAAGCAGUCAAAAAACUCGUUUGUGGAUACGAUGUCUCUACAUGUAGCUUCCAACGGGAUGUGUUCGAGGCAAAGACCUUCAUGGAUGAAGCACAGGAAGUCACGAGAGCUGAGAGACAAGCUCGCAACUUCAGACGAAAGUGCAGACUUAUCUGCUCUACUGGAAUCUGGCGCGCUUUCAGAAGAAGAGGAGGAGCUAUGGAUAGGCAGGAGCGCCAUUAAUUCACUUCGGGACGUAGCGAAAUUUCAUUGCAAUAUCACCAUCGACAAGGCUCGAAGAGAGUACUUUGGAGAAUUAGAUCGAUCUGGAAUUAGGUCAAAACUCGACGAGCUGCUAGAUUACUGCGCUGCGGAUGUCGAGAUAACACACCGGGUCUACCAAAAAGUAUUCCCCCUCUUCUUAGAGACGUGCCCGCAUCCAGUCAGCUUUGCGGCGCUACGAUUCUUGUCUGCCGAAAUUCUUCCUGUCAACGAGACUUGGGAUGCGUAUCUUGCAAACGCAGAAGCCACUUAUCAAAAACUUUCAACCGCAGUUCUGGAGCGGCUGGUGAAUCUUGCUGAAAAAGCAUUGGAAGUUAAAGGUAAUCCAGAAAGCUACGAAAACGACCCAUGGCUGAGCCAGCUGGAUUGGUCGGGCCAAGAAAUCAAGAUGGUGAAGGGAAAAAAGAAGAACGAUCCACCAAGGCCGGCCGCUCGACAGAAGAAACCGGGAAUGCCAAAAUGGUACAAGGAUCUCUUUGCGAAAAAUGACGCCCCGAUCAGUAUCACCGUCCGAACACGUAUAGCACCUGUGUUGUUACGUUUAGCAUGGGACGGCCACCCAUUAGUCUGGUCAGAUAAGCACGCAUGGACGUACCAGGUUCCAAAGGACGAAGUGUUCAUGUACACCAGUGCAGGAAUAAAAGAGCUGGAUAUGUCAGAAGAGGAAGACUUGAAGUUACGGGAUGACCGGAAACACGCUUACUUUAAGAUACCCCAUAAAGACGGGCCUAUUGCUAGAUGUGGGAACCCACUGGCUAAAGGAUACCUACAAUACUUUGAGAAAGGCAAACUUACUUCCCAAUACUCGCUAGCGAAAGAGGCUUUGGAGAUGAACGCCUCAUGCUCAUAUUGGAUCAGUGCACGAGAUCGAAUCGUGUCGCAGAUGGUCAUCUAUAAAGACGAACCUGUUGGCGUGGUCUCCGCUAGUGGAGAGCCGAGCAGCAGAAAAACAGGAUUUAUUCUUCCGCAAGUCAUACCCAUGGGAACUGUUACACGGCGAGCUGUAGAAAACACAUGGCUUACAGCUAGUAACGCUAAGGGUAACCGCGUUGGGUCCGAACUCAAAGCCAUGAUUCAGGCUCCGGAAGGCUAUUGUUUUGUUGGUGCAGACGUUGACUCCGAGGAGUUAUGGAUUGCUAGUCUCGUCGGCGAUGCGCAAUUCAAACUGCACGGCGGUAAUGCCGUUGGAUUCAUGACUCUCGAAGGCACAAAAGCUGCAGGCACAGAUCUUCAUUCUCGGACUGCUGGAAUCUUAGGAAUAUCCAGGAACGACGCGAAGGUAUUCAAUUACGGCCGGAUCUACGGCGCAGGACUUAAGUUCGCCUCAACCCUUCUUCGGCAGUUCAAUCCAAGUCUCAGUGAGAGCCAGACCUCUCAGACUGCACAGAACCUGUACACCGAAACGAAGGGCAAAAAGACGACCAGACGGACGCUGCAUGAACGGCCGUUCUGGCGUGGAGGCACAGAGUCAUUCGUGUUCAACAAGCUCGAAGACUUUGCAGAGCAGGAGCGGCCUCGGACACCAGUUCUAGGAGCUGGCAUAACUGAAGCUCUCAUGCGCCGGUAUCUCACUAAGGGAGGUUUCAUGACAUCGAGGAUCAAUUGGGCUAUUCAAUCCUCCGGUGUUGACUACCUCCAUCUCUUGGUCGUUGGCAUGGACUAUCUCACCAGAAGGUACAACCUGAACUGUCGUCUGGCCAUCACAGUGCACGAUGAAAUACGAUAUCUCGUCAAAGAGGAGGAUAAAUAUCGGGUGGCAAUGGCAUUGCAGGUUGCUAACGUGUGGACGCGAGCUAUUUUCUCGCAACAAAUGGGUAUUAACGAGCUACCGCAAUCGUGUGCCUUCUUUUCAGCUGUCGACAUCGAUCAUGUAUUGCGGAAAGAGGUGGAUAUGGAUUGUGUCACGCCCAGUCAUCCGGACAAGAUUCCUCAUGGAGAGAGUCUUGACAUCGCGACGCUUCUGAAUAAGGGCACUUUGGCCAGACUAGAUCCAGCUAUUGUACCGGAAGCACCACCGCAGCUGGAGAAAUAUGCGGAAAUGUUUUCUCCAAGAGAUCCUGUUAUGGCGGCCGUCAACACUAGCGCUACUAGUCUAGCAUACUUGAAAGCACAGAUUACGGCCGACGACAAGGAGCUUCGAGAUAUCGUCAAGGAGACCCGUCCACCGCGGGAAUAG